UGGCAACGACAGCCAUGGCUUUCCAGACCCUGGGCAUAAUCAUGUCUAUGAUCGGCUUGGCUGGCACCAUUCUCAUCUGUGCCUUGCCCAUGUGGCGCGUGACAGCCUUUGUCGGCACCAACAUCGUGGUGGCACAGGUCUUCUGGGAGGGCCUGUGGAUGAACUGCGUGUACGAGACCACGGGUCAGAUGCAGUGCAAGAUCUAUGACGCCCUGCUGGACCUGUCCCCUGACCUCCAGGCGGCUCGGGGCCUGGUGGUGAUUGCCAUGGUGCUAGCUUGCUUGGGCUUCCUCAUCUUCCUGGUGGGUGCCCAGUGCACCAAAUGCCUGGCAAACCCAAGGGCCAAGGCCCGCGUGGUCUUGGCAUCUGGGGUCUCCUUCCUUCUCUCAGGCCUCACUACCAUCGUGCCCGUCUCCUGGACCGCCAACACCAUCAUUCAGGACUUCCAUAAUCCAAUGGUUCCAGAGCCGCUCAAGAAGGAGCUGGGCGCAGCGCUCUACGUGGGCUGGGUCACUGCAGGGUUCCUGCUCUUCGGAGGGGCAGUUCUCUGCACCACCUGCCCUCCUGAGAAGGUCACCUACUCCACUCGCUACACGCUUGCUGACACCCACAACUCUGCUCAACGCAGUUAUGCCAUAAAAAAUUACGUCUGACAGAGGGUGUCUACCUGACAGGGACACUAACUACAGCGGUAUUUUCACAGGUUCUUCCGAAAACUAUAUUUUUGUACAUUUAGAUUGACUUUUGAGCCUCCUGUAUGACAUUAACAUGAAAAAUUAGAGCUCAGAUAUAUACACUGGAGAUUUGGGAGGAUUAAAAGGAAAAUGUUAAUGCGUUACAGUGUAGACUGCGUAGCCUGCUGGAAAUAAAUAUGCACUGUAUCCUGAAAUUCAGUUUUUCUUUUGUAAAAGACUUUUCUUCCUCAAAAGAGGAUCCUCUGUGAUACUGAGAAUUUGCACAAAAUAAAAAUGAACCAAUUAUACACAAGCUUUGUAGCAUUCCUUUUGCGUUAAGCAACAGUCCUCUGCCUCAAAAGAAGUGUCAUGUUCUCACAGCGAAUUGCCAACCACUCGCUUUUAACCUUUUCAAUGAAACUGAACGUUGUGUCUUCCAGCAAAUGGAAAAACAU